CUCUACCCCGCGUCCAAUUAAAUUCACCCCAAAACAUCCAACUCACCAAGACUCACUCUCACUCCUACUCCUCACCACCACUCAGACAAACAACAACCAUAUUCAUCAGUCACCAUGGCCCUCAAACCAGGAGAUUCCUUCCCCGAAAACGUCGUCUUCCAGUACGUCCCCUGGACCGAGGAAAAGGGCGACAUCACCGCCUGCGGCAUCCCCAUCCCAUACAACGCCUCUAAAGAAUGGGCCGAUAAGAAGGUGGUCCUGUUCUCCGUUCCUGGUGCUUUCACCCCCACCUGCUCCGUCAACCACGUUCCCGGAUACAUCCAGAACCUACCCCAGCUGAAGGAAAAGGGCGUCCAGGUCGUCGCUGUUGUCGCAUCUAAUGACCCCUUCGUCAUGAGCGCCUGGGGAAAGGCUAACCAGGUGAAGCGUGACGACAUUCUGUUCCUCUCCGACCCCGACGCCAAGUUCUCGGGCAGCAUCGGCUGGGCCAACAACGGUCGCACUGGUCGUUAUGCCAUUGUCAUUGAUCACGGCAAGGUGACUUACGCUCAGAUCGAGACUGAGAAGGGUGUUGUUAAGGUGUCGGGUGCCGAGGCUGUCUUGGCUCACUUGUGAUUAUCUUCGGAAGCUCGUUUUCCGAGGUGAAUUAUAUAGAGUGGAGCAAAUUUCUGCUUAGCUAGCGUUUUCUUUUGGUUAAAACUCGCUCACGAUAUGCUGGGCCUAGAACUACAGGUUAG